UUCUGGGUCUAUUUAGCUUGGGCUAGAGGCCCUUAAGCAGGCUCUCCCUGUUUCUUCUUCAAGGGAGUAAAGAUGGCUAAGGAAGCCCCUCUGGGGCAAGCCCAGCAAUGGCCUCUACUCCUGACCUCUCCCCCAGAGAUUCUUGGAGAGAUCCUGAGGGAGCAGUUUGGCCCCCUGCCCUUCAUGGCACCCAUUACCCGAAUGAAGAGGAAACCUUCUGGCUAUUACUUUCCUACUGAGAACCGGGAGCAGGUCCUGGGCAGGAGACAUGCUGCUAAUGCCAAAGAAAGAGAGCGGAUAAGGAAUUUGAACAGCGGUUUUUCCAAACUCAAGUCUCUUGUACCACUGAUACCAAAAGACCGGAAGCCUAGUAAAGUUGACAUGCUUAAAGCAGCUGCUGAAUAUAUUCGCCUGUUACACUUGAUUUUGGAGGAAACUGCAGGACGUGAGCUGGAAGAUCCAGUCAGUCACCAACCUUCUGAGACCACUUCUAGACCUGUACCCUUGGAGACGUGCUUAGUGGGAAACAGAGUACCACAGAGUUCUAGCUGCUGUGUUAAAACAGAAAAUAGCACACAGACAGUAUGCACAAAUGAGAUAGCAGAGGCCCCUGUAUAUACAUGGAGGAAGGCUGUUCUACCUGCCUAUGUGGGGCUGAUAGAACUUCACAAAAAUGGAUAA